UCUGUAUUAAGAACUUUUUAUUAUCCCAAAUAGUUAUUUAUAUUUAAAAUUUAAAAAUAUAACUAUCCUUCGCAUAAAUGAUGAAUGAAUUCAUUUUUAUCUUUACUUUAAUCCUGUAUUGAAAUUACACAUUAUAUAUUAUCCAGUUACAUCACCAAAUAUUUGUGAUUUCUUUGUACUGGUGAUAAUUUGUUCGUCUGUUAGCUAAAAUUGUCACCAAUGGUACAAAUUUGUUAAAUAUUAUCUUUCUGUUAGUUCUACUAAGUAAUGCAUGUUUUUAUACUAAAAGACGUUUUGAAAAAGAAAUAUGAUAAUGAGCCAGCUAAGCACUGGCAAUGACUAUUACCCAGCUUCUCCUCCUCCCAUUGACCUCUCGCAUUUAACAGAAGCAGAAAAACGAAAAAUAAAAAAUGUUUUAGAUCGUCAAAAAGAACUUGAAAAUGAAACAGCAUUUAUUCAAAGUGGUAUUGUAAGAGAGCUUGCAACCUAUCAAGUUCGCUAUGAGCUAAAAAGUAAUCAAGCACCUUUGUCAGAUGCAAAUAUGUGUGAGCUAUGCCACAAGAAUAAAGAAUUUUGUGUUAAUAAUUAUAAAAGAUACUGCAAGUUUUGCAGAUCAAAAUUGUGUGACGAGUGCAGUAUUCAAUCAGGUUCCGGAAAAAUGGUAACAUGGUCAUGUUUAAUUUGCAAGAAGAAACAAGAUCUUCUAUUGAAAACUGGUCGUUGGUUUCAUGGGAAAGAACACAAGUUUCCAAAUCCAGCUGCCGAAAUAGAGCAAUUGCUUACUGUGCCUACUCAACAGAAAAAACCAUUAAGCCCUAAAAUAAUAAAAACUGGUUAUCCAGCAAGUUCUGUAACAAAAGCACAAUUAGCAGACAAAAAUUGUACAAAAGUUUUAGACCAAACAAACAAUGAAUCUACAGAAUUAUCAAACACAAAAAAAGUUACAUUUGGCAAUAAAAGCAAAUCCAAUAUGCUAGAAGAACAGCAAAUAAAAGAAAUGUUUCAGUCGUUGGUGAGUCAUCAUGUUCAUUGGUCACGUCCUGAUGAUGAAAACAAGAUUCUUGGAGAUAUACUUUUAUCCAUUGGUUCUAAUAUUAUAAAAAAGUUUCCAGAUUACUGUACUGCAUUUGGAAUUAAAUUAAGUAUGGGAGUCAGUGAUGAGCAUGGGUUGUUAAAGACACUAGUAAAAUCAGUAGUCCCUGGUAGCAUUGGGGAUAUUAUUGGAAAAAUUAAACCAGGUGAUGAGCUGCUUGAAUGGAAUGAAUUAUCUUUGGUUGGUUGCAGUAAAGAAGAAGUUGAAGAUGUUUUAGCAAAUGAAGAUUCUCUGGACUUACACUUAUUACUGAGUAGAAAGUGUCAUAAAGAAAAAAUUUUAGCAAACAUCCAGAGUGUACCACCAUCACACCAUUCACCACCAUCACAACCAAUGGGCAUCUUAAAAACUAUUGAUGGAAGUUUUGAUAAGACUGAUUGCCAAAAUGGCGCAAUUGAAUGUGAUUCAAGUAAAUCAAAUGUGGUUCAAGCAAAUCAAUCUCGAGGGACUCCUAUUUUGAAAGCAAAUAACAUUUCUGGACAAUUGCAGAUCAAAUUAAAAUACGAAGAAGACACAAGUUGUCUUUAUGUCUCUAUUAUUGGAGCUCAAGGUUUAAAUCAUCGUCAGAAUAUGCAGCUUCGUAAUCCUUAUGUGAAACUUUACUUUUUACCUGAUAGAAGUUUACAAAGCAAAAGACGAACUAAAACUGUAUUACGUUCUCUGUCACCCACAUGGAAUCAGACAUUUAUGUACACUCUCAAAAGUCAAAAACGAGACACUUCAAUACUAUCACAGACUUCUGUUUUGGACAUACUACCAUACUUAUCUCCAGAAGAUAUUAAUGAAGUUAAACUUUGUCAUAAUAGUAAAUCAUCUGACUCCAAAAACUACAAUGUGUUUAAAGGGAGAUAUCUAGAGAUCACAUUAUGGGAUUAUGAGCGUUCAGAAAGCAAUGAGUUUCUUGGAGAAAUAUUAAUAAGUAUGCUAGAAGCUCCACUUGAUAACUUAUGUCAUUGGUAUCCACUCCAACUGCAUGACCAGCAAAAUAUGUUACCACAACCCACCCCAACACCUACUCUGUCUCCACAGUGUUCAAAAGCUCAAUUUAUUUUACAAGAUAAUGGUGAAAGAGAGCAUCCUGUUGAAAAUCAAACAGUUAGUAGUUUUUCUCCAGCAGAUAUUAAUGAAAAAAUAAAUGAGGUGGGCACAGUUAAAACGAGUUUUAGUUACGAUUCUACAGGAGGAACAUCUACAGAUGAGAAUACACCGGUGCCUUCACCAUCGCCUUCGCAAGUGUUUGAAAUGAAUAAGGAAUCGUCACAGAUAACUUCUUCUAAAAAUUCUGAUAAUGAAAAAAGACAAUAUUUAAAGCCUGCAUUAGUUCAAGAAUCUUCUGUAAUUCGACCUUCACUUUUGCAGCGUGCUCAGCUUUUUUUACAAAAGCAGCUUGAUGUUUUGACCAGUUCUUCAAGUUCAGAAACACAAUUAACAAAAAAUUCUACCUCUUUAUGGACAUCAAAUCCCACUAAUUAUGAAUCAAAGCUUACUACUGUUACUCAAACUGAGAAUCAGUCUCCACUUUCAUCUCUUUCAGUUGAUACUUCAUCUAUUUCUAGCGAUAUGUCAACAGUAAAUAAUAUCAGAUAUGGAAAAGAAGUUUACGGAAGAUUUUCUUCAGAAAAAUACCCUCAGAUAAAACGAGUUGAUUCUGUUGACAGUUCUAGAAAAAUUGAACCUAGACUUACUGACUAUAAUUUAUCUUUAUCACAACAAGGUGAUAGAGCUGGGGAUAAGUCUGCAGAAGAAUGGAGACAAUCAGGUAAUGAUAACAACUAUGGAGUAAAAUUUAAUAAUAAACCCACUUUAUUGCGUAUGGAUUCAAUGUCAGGAAGUUCACCAAAAAACUUUGAAAAAAAAGCAGAGAACUAUUAUAGAGAACAACAUAAUUAUAAUGAAGAUAAAAGAUUUCAGCCAAGAUCUAAUCACGAAAUUUCCUUCAUGCGAUCCACUGACUUUGAUCACAAUGGGUAUUCUGCUAUGCGUAAUGUAAAUCGUUAUCGGCAAAAUAGUUAUGGAUCCGGUCACAGCAGUCCUGUAUCUUCAAUAGGAAGUGCAAAAAGUGAAAGUUCUUCUAGUAUUGCUAGCUCAAUGAUGACAUUGACAAGUGUUGGUAGCAGCAUGUCAUGGAUUCCACCAAGUUUAAGAUUAUCUGGAGAUGUACAGUUAAUUGAUUUUGUUGAAGGUUUAGGUCCUGCUCAGGUUGUAGGAAGGCAGGUACUAGGCUCACCUCUAAUGGGUGAUGUGCAGUUGAGUCUUCUUGAUAGAAGAGGUGUGCUUGAUGUUGAAAUUAUUCGAGCAAAAAGUUUGAUAAUAAAGCCGGAUUCUAAAACACUCCCUGCACCUUAUGUGAAGGUUUAUUUAUUAUGUGGUAAAGAAUAUGUUGAAAAAAGAAAAACAAAAACGUCAUCAAAAAGAACACUUGAUCCUCAUUAUGCACAACACUUAACUUUUGUACAAAAUUAUCAAGGAAAAGUAUUACAGAUUAUGGUAUGGGGUGAUUAUGGACGACUGGAUCGUAAGGUGUUUAUGGGUGUAUGUCAAAUUCUACUUGAUGACCUAGAUCUUAGUCAAUUAGUUGUGGGUUGGUACAAACUUUUUACGACUACUUCACUUGUACAUCCUCCUUCUAAUCCUAGUCCUAAUCCUUCUAAUCCUACCACUAGUAGCACUAAUAGCGAUAGAUUUUAAAUUUUGGAUUUAUACAGAGGAUGGGUAAUAAGCAAUUAAGAGUUGGAACUCCACGAACGAAUGUAAUAUAACCAUGAAGAAUAUAUCCACAGCUAUGACAAAUGAAGAACCUAUCCACAGCUAUGAAAAAUGUUAGUCUACAACGGGGUUGAGCAGACUUUUUUUGCGUUAAAACCGACUGCAGUUUUUGUUCUGGAGAAAAGUUCUUCAAGUUUUAUACUGUUUAGAACAUUUGACUUACAACUGUUAAACGAUUGAAUAGUUUUAAAAGCAUUUUUUAAUUGCUUUUGAAACUAUUCAAUAAGCUUUAUUAUUGCAUACAAAAUUUACAAACAGUUUUAAACUACUAGGUUUAGGGUUUAAAAGUUGUACUUAGUUUAAAAACGAUAGGUGGUUCCAAAAAAGGAUUGUGAUUCAUUUUUGCCAUCUGAGAUCUUUAACUUUUUUAAAAAAACUUUACUCAUUUGCCAAUAAUUGCGAUAAAAAUAUUCUUCAAUAUAUUUUGUCGUUAUGCUAUUGUAAAUUGAAAAGCUUUUUCAGGAAAUUUUUUUUAUAUAUUUAAAAGAUUGUAAUAAUUUAAUCAUACGAACUUUUGUAUUAAACGAGGAUACAAAAAAGUUCGCAUUUUAUUUUAAA